AUGACCAUCAUCCUCUUCAUCAUUGGCUUCUUCGACUAUGACUGCGACAACUCCGCGGUGGCAUGGACCCAAGCCUCGUUCAUUGCUAUCUGGACGUUCAUCUCGCAAACCACGGACGGAGCCAUCUAUUCCGUCAUCUUCUCCGAGAACUAUGCAACCCCUUUACGCAGCCGCAUGAUUGCCAUUGCUACCGCCGCGAAGGCCGCGCGGGCCGCCGCAAGCAUCGUUUUCACAAUCGCGCUGCCCUAUAUCCUGGCUAUCGCGGACGGCUAUUGGGGCGGGAAACGCGGACUUCUCGAGUCCAAGGGUCGGACUUUUGAGGAAAUCGAUGCCAUGUUUGAGCGUAUGGUUCCCCCACGCAACUUCAGGGAAUACGAUCCGUUGGCAGUCGGUGAAGAGCAUAUCUGA